AUCGAUUCGACAGCUGUUCGAAAAAACUGCGAGGAUUUCGACUAGUUUUUCGCAGUUUUCAGAGAGUGCAAAAGAAUUGUAGAAUUGUUGGUCAAACAAGAGUAAUUACUAAUUAUUCAUAGUUUAUAAAGGGUGUCAUAUCCUUAACUAUCGUUGAUCUGCCUGAUAUCUUGGUGCCGGUUUAAAACUCUAGGAGACAGGAGAUCAGACAAAAGAGAAAACUUAAGCCGAAAUAAAUAAAGGCAAAAGAACCACAGUGAUAUCUUUUGAAAACCUACAACAUGUUGCUGCAGCGGAACAAAUUAGGCAGCGUACGGCCACCGAAACGUUGCAGGAGCGACAUGGACAACACCUCCACCUCGGACAUUGUCAUCAUCAAUGGCAACUCGCACCCGGACCUGGCCAACAUGGUGGCCGAGCGAAUGGGCAUCAAGAACGGCGGCUGCUCCGUGUUCCACAAGUCCAAUCGGGAGACGAUUGUGGAGAUAAGUGACUCCGUGAGGGGCAAGGACAUCUACAUCAUCCAAACAGGCACAAAGGAUGCCAACAACAACAUCAUGGAGCUGCUGAUCAUGGCCUACGCCUGCAAGACCUCCUCGGCGCGCUCGAUCGUGGGAGUGAUUCCGUACUUGCCGUACUCCAAGCAGUGCAAGAUGCGCAAGCGCGGCUGCAUCGUGUCCAAGCUGCUGGCCAAGAUGAUGUGCACCUCGGGCCUGACUCACAUCAUCACCAUGGACCUGCACCAGAAGGAGAUCCAGGGCUUCUUCGACAUACCAGUGGACAAUCUGAGGGCCUCGCCCUUCCUACUCCAAUAUAUUCAGGAAAGCAUUCCCGACUAUCGCAACUCGGUGAUUGUGGCCCGCAAUCCGGGCGUGGCCAAGAAGGCCAAUUCCUAUGCAGAGCGACUGCGCCUCACCUUGGCAGUCAUCCACGGAGAACAGAAGGAGACGGACGCCGACGAGGUCGACGGUCGGUACUCCCCGCCACCGACCAGUGCGUAUAGCAAUUUAUUAGGAAAUUCAGUUGAAAUGUGCUUACCAGCGGCGCCUAGAAACUCUACUCCACAACACGCCCCAUCCAGCAGCAACCGCCAGCGGACCACUUCGGUGUCGGUGGGUGUUCCGGAGCACAUCGUCAAGGUCAAGCCACCGCUGACCAUUGUGGGAGAUGUCAGCGGUCGCAUCGCCAUCAUGGUGGAUGACCUGAUUGACGAUGUCCAGGCCUUCGUGGCCGCCGCUGAGAUGCUGAAGGAGAACGGUGCCUGCAAGAUCUACGUGCUGGCCACGCACGGUCUGCUUAGCUCGGAUGCACCUCGCCAGCUGGAGGAGUCGCCCAUCGACGAGAUCGUUGUCACCAAUACCAUUCCACACGAGAUCCAGAAGCUGCAGUGCCACAAGAUCAAGACGAUCGACAUCUCCAUUCUGAUUGCCGAGGCCAUCCGCCGCAUCCACAACAAGGAGUCCAUGUCCUAUCUCUUCCGCAACGUAACGCUGGAGGACUAGGGAGCCCACCCACUCAACCGCCCACCCACAGCGCCCUGUUCCCGCUUGAAGUCACAAAAAUAGUGUUGCUGCCGGCUCGUUUUGUGCCGGCUUUGUUUGUUUUUCGCUUUUAGACAUCAUUGCUCAAAUAAAAAUGAAUGCCCCACAUUCUGUAGCGUACUUUUAGGCCCCCACUUACUCCACACUGUACUACACGUUGUGCGGUCACCGAAGGUUGACCACUUUCUUCUAGCUCUUAAGAUCCCACAACUUUGUCCGAAUAAAAGCUGAAUGUACUCAA